AUGCUGAGCUUGCCUCCCGACUUCAACAACCCGCCUCCGCAACUUCCCGUGAAGUCUCACCAAGAGAACUACCAGUCCCUCAGCAAUUUGGGCAACGGGUCGUUUGGCACCGUCGAAUUGGCGAAGUGCAGGUUUAGAAGCUCCAGCCUCUUGUGCCCACGUCAGUAUAAGAAAGGGACCCUUCUCGAGCCAUUGCAAGAUGCUCAACACAAUUUGACCUGCCUUGUCGCCAUCAAAACUAUGAAGAAAAGAUUGAACACGUUGAAAGACUACACCCGAGUUAAGGAAGUGCGGUUUAUCCUUGCGAUCCCCUCCCAUCCCUGUCUUGUGCAAGUUUACGAGAUGUUCAUCGAUGACAAAAACUAUCAGUUGCAUAUCGUCAUGGAGUCGCUCAACCAGAAUCUCUACCAGUUGAUGAAAGCAAGAAGAUCUGUCCGCUUUUCCCAGACUACCUUGAAAAGCAUUUUGAGCCAGGUGUUGUGCGCCAUUGGUCACAUCCACAACAAUAACUACUUCCAUAGGGAUGUGAAGCCUGAGAACAUUUUGGUAAUACCUACCCAUCAGUACUACGGUUCGAAAGAAGCGAUUCCUCCCCACAGAAAGCACGACAAUUUCGUGGUAAAGCUAGGUGAUUAUGGAUUAGCACGCCAUAUCCACAACUUGAAACAAUACACCGCCUACGUUUCCACAAGGUGGUAUAGAUCACCAGAAAUCUUGUUGAGACAGAAGUGGUAUUCUCGCCCCAUUGAUAUUUGGGCAUUUGGGAGUGUUGCAGCCGAGAUUGCAAAUUUCACGCCAUUGUUUCCGGGCUCAAAUGAACUAGACCAGAUUUGGCGAAUCCUCAAAGUAAUGGGCUCUCCUGUUUUGCCAGAUACUUCUCAACAAACAUUCAUUCCUUUAGGAGGAUUCUGGGGCGAAGCUCAAGAUUUAGCACAAAAACUUGGUUUUGUCUUUCCAGCUGAACCAGGCGUGACAUUAAGGCAGAUGAUCCCUGGAUCAGCUAACAAAGAACUAGCAGAUGUUGUCAAAGAGUGCCUCUCUUGGGAUCCUCACUCUAGACCCACUGUUGAUGCGAUCGCUCGGAUGCCUUUCUUCAGAAACUCG